CGUUUAGUCCUGUCCCAAAAUGGCGAAGCUGCUCAGCUGCAUUUUGGGCCCGCGGCUCUACCGGGUUUAUCGGGAUCGAGGCUCUAACGGAUCGCGUCGCCCCCGGCCCGAGGCGAUCGAGUCUUCCCAAGGCGCUCUUGAACCUUCUUGGGAGUCGUAUUACCAGCCCCGGACUCUCGAAAAGCAUGCCGACAGCAUCCUCGCACUGGCUUCCGUACUGUGGUCCAUUUCCUAUUACUCCUCUCCGUUUGCUGCAUUUUACCUGUACAGAAAAGGCUAUUUAACGAUGUCGAAGGUGGUCGCCAUCUCUCACUAUGCCGGGACGAUGCUGUUGUUGUUGGCUGGGAUUGCCUGUCUCAGAGGCAUCGGUCGCUGGACGAAUCCUCAGUACAUCCAGUUCAUCUCUGUCCUUGAGGACGCGCACCGGUACAGCAAGCCUGAAGACAAGAAGAAGCUUUCCCUUUACAAUUUUGACUUCAGAAGUUGGCCUGUGGACUUUCGGUGGGAUGAGGCUACAAGCCGGUCAGAUUCACGCAGCGUUCCCCUGUUGCGGGCAGAACCGAAGCACCGAAGCGCAGUCAACGGUUUCCUGCACGCAAUCAAAAAGCUACCUUGCCAGAUUGCCAGCUACAUAGUGGCUCACACCAUCGGUCGGCGUAUGCUCUAUCCAGGCUCAGUGUAUCUGCUGCAGAAAGCCCUGAUGCCCAUGUUGCUUCAAGGACAGGCCCGACUGGUGGAGGAAUACCAUGGGAAACGAGCCAAGCUCACUGCUUGCGAUGGAAAUGAAGUUGACACCAUGUUCAUGGACCGGAGAGAUACCUCGGAGCCCCAAGGCAAGAAGCUGGUGAUUUGCUGUGAAGGCAACGCAGGAUUCUAUGAAGUUGGCUGCCUCUCCACUCCCUUGGACGCUGGAUAUUCUGUGCUGGGAUGGAACCACCCCGGUUUCGCAGGCAGCACGGGAGCGCCGCUGCCGCAGAACGAAGCCAACGCCAUGGAUGUGGUGGUGCAGUAUGCCAUCCACCGCUUGGGUUUCCUCCCAGAAGACAUCAUCCUCUACGCCUGGUCCAUUGGGGGCUUUACAGCCACCUGGGCAGCCAUGUCAUACCCAGACAUCAGCGCCCUUAUUUUGGACGCCUCCUUUGACGACCUCGUCCCUCUCGCCCUCAAGGUCAUGCCGGAAAGCUGGAGGGGUUUGGUGACCAGGACAGUGAGAUUGCAUUUGAACCUUAACAACGGAGAACAGCUUUGCAAGUACCAGGGUCCCGUGUUGCUGGUGCGCAGAACCAAAGACGAGAUCAUUACCACAACGGUUCCUGAAGAUAUUAUGUCCAACAGAGGGAACGACUUGCUUCUGAAGUUACUACAGUUCAGGUAUCCCAAAGUCAUGGCCGAGGAGGGGGUGAGAGUCGUACGGGAAUGGCUGGAAGCUUCUACGCCCAUGGAGGAGGCCUCCGUUUACAGCAGCUAUGAGGUGGAAGAUGACUGGUGUCUAUCCGUGUUGACGUCCUACAAGGCCGAGCAUGGCGACUCUUUUCCCUGGACUGUUGGGGAUGACAUGACUCCAGAAGGGAGACGGCAGCUUGCACUAUUCCUGGCCCGGAAGCACCUCCAGAACUUUGAAGCGACCCACUGCGCUCCACUUCCUCCCCAUGACUUUCACCUCCCAUGGCAUUUAUAGCAGUACUGCCCCCCACUUCUC